AUGAAUAACACAGACCGUUUCUUGGAUACCUUGGGGCGUCUCACCACAGGAACGUCUUUGUCGGUGUCGGACUCGUUUUCCUUGUCGGUGCCAAAGGUAAACACCUCGCCUUCCUCCGACUCGCUGUCGUCGUCUUCGUCGUCGCUAAUGUUGAAAUCAAUGUCUGGGUUCACAGACGACGAAAUGAAGUCGUUGUACGGCUGGCUACCCGUACGUGUGAACUCUGAGGCUCCAUCAGUCUCUGUUUCUGACUCCUCUUCCUCCGUCUCUGAGAAAACAGGUCCGUAG